AUGCCCACAAUCCUUCACGCUUCCACCUCAAAUUACGCCCUCAAAUCCACGAAACACGGGAAAAGGUGCAUCCAGCCCGUCGACGCGGAUGGCAGCGAGCUCAGUGACGAUGCGUCUCACGCUAUGAAGACGACUAAGACUGGGAGACCUUUCCUGCAGGAUACAUACGACCUCUUUGCAACGCUCAUCCUGUCACUCAAACUAGGACCCCACAAAAAACGGUUUUUCAGCAGCACCUUCUCUCAUUCUUUCACUUUUAACGAAGCCGCACGCAACCUCGCCUCCCUCUGCUUUUCCCACUCCUCAGAGGAGGCCUCCCCAGGGAACAGCGCCAAAUGCCGCACAGUAACAACACGCACAACAUACAUCAUGACCCGCUCCGGCGCAAAGGCCAUGUGCAGCCACUUCUUAGACGCGUGCUUGAUCAAAAUGGAUGUCAAGGGGAUAUACCAGCUCACUCCGAAAGGACUGUACAUAUUAAACCGUUUCGUGAUAAAGAACAACAUAAACGCGAUGCACAUCCUCCAACUACUCACUUCUCAGCCCAAAUGUAACUCUCUCUACUACUUGGACCGCCGUGUGGAGGACGACGAACCGGUCAUCACCAGCGCGAGUAUGGCAGCUCUCUUCCGGAGGUUUUCAGGUGCCCAGCCUACAUACUCCCUUCCAGCUGACAAGGCCCUCGAUGUGUUCCAGCGCCACCGUAAACUUGCCAACGGUAUCUUGGUAACGAAGCUCCGUGUAUCGAAGAAGAAAAACUUGGUUUACGAACACUGUUUCUCCGCUGUCAGCGCUGUCGAAUGGCCUUGCGAGUUUACGACCGCGUCUGGUGAAGAAGAAGCAGCACAGCUUGUGGCCCAUUUUGUCCGGUAUGGGUUUGUCGAGCUGGUCAAUGACGAGAGGAAACGAAAUGAGUCUGCAAUCCUAUACACGGUUAGGAGUCUCUCAGAGAAGAACAAGAUCGCUGUUGCUGAGGGCCAAUUUAACUUGGGCGCAAAGGCGAUUUAUCGAAUAACCGACCAAGGAAGCCGAGUUGCUGGGUGGGGACCCUCAGUUCCUCCUGGUAUGCAGCGGGAGUUUGACAACGAUCGGUCCUUGGUCGGUGGGUCUAUGGAUAGCUCCAGGACGGUGACGGAUGAUCAAAACAUCCGGAACAAGGCUUAG